UCCUGCAGAGCGAAGUUGCUUUCGACAGAACAUACUUAAAAAUAUUCAACCGGAAUGAGCUCUUCACGCGCUUACUGCUUUUUUAUCUUCUUUUUAUUCGUCUUUUUGAGUGCAGUGCGGGUCGGAAAAUGCGCGCCACCGACCUGUUACUCACGCGCUCUCCAACUCAGUAAGGAGAUAAUGGACGUUUUGGAGAAGACGCACAGGUCUCCGCGCACGAAAGACUGCGCUGAGAUUUUCCCUAAAAUGUUUCUGGAUAUUCACAAUUCCUGUGUGACAUCUAAGUUGCGAGACUUCAUUUAUGUGCUGGAGAAUCUGCCAACGGAGCACUGCAGGACGCGACCUCGAAUUGCCUUGUUGAAACGCAAAAUCCGCUCGCUUUUUGAGAUCAUAAGCCGUGCUUGCUAUCGGGACCUAGUGUUCCUGACAAACGACUGUGAGGCUCUGGAUACAGGUAUCAGUCAACCACGAUACAUGGAGGACACACUGCAACUACUGGAGGAGACAAUAUGAGACAGCCAGACAGACAGACACACACACACAUACAAACACUCACACAAUGAAAACUGAGAAAGCUGAAAACGUGCAAAUACACACACACAUACACACACAAACAAAAGCAAGUUUUUGUGUGUGUGUGUGUGAGAAGAGUGAGGGAAAAAGAGAUUACAUUCCAGCAGCAAAAGGAAAAUUUUCCACAGGAAACAGUUUGAAUAGCCGCUGACCGUGGCUUAUUUAUCGUAACACACACACUUUCGUGUGUAAAUUGUGUAAUGGUCCACUGAGACAGUGUUAUGAGCACUCUGAGUUCUUUUUUUUCCCAUUGUAGCUUUGGGUAUAUAGUGCUCAUUGCUUAACUCUUCACGCUUUCCUCCUUGUUUACCACAGAUGGUCAUGCACCAUUUCAUUAGAUGGGUCAAAAUCAUCUUCAUCUUAACGUUCAGUUUUUUAAAGCCUUUUAAAGCCUUUCACUCAUAGUCUUUCAGUGUAACUAACUAUUUUAUAGCAAGAAUAUGGAUAACUACACAAACAAGCUAACUUUCUAGCUAUUGAUGGUAUGUUUCUCCAAUAACAACCGUGUUGUAUGAUGCUUACCACAUGUUAAUUAGAAUCUAUUCAUAGUUCCAGUGACCAUGAAAUGAACUGAUUGUUACUUAUGAUAAUGCUGAUUGGUAAAAAUUUCUGAGCUUGUUGCAAACAAUCACGUUAACAAUGUUAAAAAUAAACAUGGCUGAUUUCGGGUUUUUGUUUAAUUACAGUAACAGUUAUCUAUACAUCAAUUUUGUGAAUUAAGCUGCUUAAUACAAUGCUAGUUAAUUGGUUCACCAGUUUAAUGCGAAUUUACCAGUAACUCUACUUACAUAGAGUAUGUUAUGUAACUAUAAAACUAGUUCUUGUUUAAUCUGAAACUAGGUGGCAUGCAGAAUGAAUCUUGUUCCAUGAGGGUACUGGGUUUUUACACUUUUCCUAAAUCCUACCAAAGAAUUGAUCAUGAACAGUAUCAGAGAGCGAACUGUGGUCAGACUCUUAGGAAAAAUGAGCUCCACUGAUAUAAUGUAAUAUGCAUAUGUAAAUUGUAUUAAAUGUAUAAGAUUGA